UUCCAGCGGAUAUACUCUUGGUUCUUUAAAAGGAGAGGACUGGAGCUGACGCAGUGAAGUGACAGUUGUGCUGUUAACCAGAAAGAAACCAUGAUCCUCCUGUCUCCCUCUUCUGGUAGGUCUAUCAAUAAACUUUGAUUAUUUAAUACUCUACAAGGUCAGGGAUUCAAGCCAAGCUGUUGUGUAAUGACAGAAAUAAUUAAAUGUCACAAUGAUCUUACAUUACAUUACACUCUUUUCCAUUUAGGAAUAACAGUGUUUCUGUUAUAGACAUAUUUCACGCCUUUACAUAUAUAUUGUUUCUUGCACUGAAACACCCCAAUGUGGAUUAAAUACAUUCCAUUUUUGCAUGUAGUCCCUUUAGUUGUUUCCAGGUAACACAGUAUGGUCUUGCAUAACAAGAAAGUUCCCAUCAUGCUCUGCAACAUUAGGCAGAAAUCCAGAAACAAAAAAAACCCCAAAACAAUAUUUGAUUCUUUGGGCUGUAAAUUUAAUGAAAAAGUCCCAAAUGAGAAGUAAAAAAGCAUGCUGUCAUGUAAGAGUGUAAACUGCUGUUGGCUUUCUGCUGUGUCUCUUGCUGCUUUCUUUCAGAUGAAGAGUCUCUUGAACCGGUCGGGCUUUGGAAUCACAGGAAGUUCAGGAUGAAAAACACUUAAAAGGGUUGCUAUACUGCAACUAUUAAAAUGAUUUAAAACAUUUGCAGGUCAUUGCCUGUGCAUGCUGUCUUGGACAAUACUAUGACUUGAGAGAUAACCCAAAAAACAAAAAUUUUUGGGAGGGGAUUUUUUUAUUUUUUUAAAAAUAAAAAUUUUUUUAGAUACAUUUUUAGAUAUUUAGUUUUAAAAAAAAAAAAAAUUUUAUGAAAUUUUUGGGCAGAUUUGGUGCUGGGGCAGCGUCAGCAGUACAUUUAUCUUUUUUAAUAUAAAAUUCUCACAUCACGUUUGUUGAUGUUAAACCAAAACCGUUGAGAAAGUAUGAAGUUCAAAAUAAGGAAAUUCAGAAAGCGUGUGGUUUUGUCUUGAGUAAAGCCCGGUGCUUCAGUUGUUUGAAUUGGUUUAAAGCUAACAAAGAGAGUCUUACUGUCCUGUCCUGUUUAAAGGGAACUGAAUCUGAUCAGGCUAAGCAGGCUAAUAAAUCUCACGUCUGGUAUGGGUCAAUGCAGUAGGUCCAGUUAAUGCUCUCUGUAGCCAGUGGUAUAUGUAAUAUGUGUUAUAUAGUAUGUGCCGCAUAUAUAUAUAUAUAUUUAUAUAUAUAUAUAUUUAUAUGUAUAUAUGUGUAUAUGCCUGGAUGAAUAUAUAAACAUAUAUAUACAUACAUACACAUAUACAUAUAUAUAUAUAUAUAUACACCUGCAUAAUAAAAUGAUGGUUUUCCUCCGGGUUGUUUUGUCCCUAUAUGUUGCAUUGCGACGGACUGGUGAUCUGUCCAGGGUUUACCCCGCCCACGCACGUAGAUAUUCCUGCAAAGGGAUAAGCUAAUGGAACGAUGUAUGGAUGGAUAUAUGUAUAGAAAUGUAUGUAAUGUUUCAAUGUAAUUGGUGAAAAUUUAUUUAUUAUAGUCCAGGAAGUAAUACUCAUGAUGCAUGAUGGAGAAACGUUUUGCCAUUGUAAAUGUAAUCAAUGCAUUUCAGUGAGGUGAAAAAUGUGUGGAUGAAUUUAUCGUAAGGUUGAUCUGCAUCCAAUAAACAUUCGUCUUGGUAAGUGCCACCUCUUUCUACAUAAGGCAGGGAUUGAAAUUCUUUUUAAUGGAAUUCUGGCAUUGUGUCUGGGGAAUAUUAUUUUAAUUUCCUAGUUCCAGCAACAAUGUUUGGCCAUGACUACAAUAUGAUUAGUGAUCAAGUCCCAUUCAUUUGUACGUAGGUCAGCUGAUAUGUACAGUAGAAUCAUUGAACCACACAAGCACCUGUUGACUGCUGCUGUUGUGUGGUCUCAGGUUUCUUCCAGUGCACACACACUCUUUUUUCCAGUGAUUGGGCCACAUGGAUCCAGCUCAAGGAGUUUGCACGGAAAAAUGCAGCUAAUGCUCUGUCAGUGGGCAACAUGGUGAUGGGCAUGUCCUCCAUUCUCUGCAGUCUCAAUGGUCACCACCACGCUGCAUGUUGGCUGGUCCUGAUUGGCUACCUCCUGGAUUUGGCAGAUGGAGCCGUUGCCCGGCAUCUUAAUGCUUGCUCUGCACUGGGAGCAAAGCUGGAUGACUUUGCUGACUUUACAACUUUUGGAAUCGCUACAUCAUUGCUGCUGAGGACAGAUGACCUGCCGGACAACAUCCUGAGCAUGUGUUACUUCCUGUCUGUGUUCAUCCGUCUCUGUUUCUUCUCAAGUGGGAUCCCAUUUAUGUACCGUGGGCUGCCUUGCACCUACCCAUCAGCCAUUUUGGCCAGUGCCUCUUUGCUGUCGGGUGGAAACACAACCCUGCUACGUCUCGUCGCAGUGGCCAUGAUCCUCUUCAUGAGCAGUCAGAACUUCUAUCCCCAUGAUCGAGUGCUGGAGUCCCAGGCAUGGAAAAAAGUGGUCUUUGCAGGAGGAGUCGUCAUGGUGUUCUGCUUCUCGUUCCCUCCUGUCUGUGUGUACUACCUCCUCUGGUCCGUCUCCUACAUCUUGUUCCCAACAUCUCUUUGGAGCAGUAAACUGUAAACAGAAGCAGUUGUCUGAUUUUUAACAAGGACCAGUCUAAGAAAGUACCUAUUUUAACACUCACUCUUUAAAAGAGAGAUUCUGGAUUUUAUCUUGUAAUGAUGCAGUGUUUCCACUAGGGUUUUUUUUUAGGCAGCAGGUCAUGCAAACUCGCCCCUCUCCUCCCUCCACGUCUCUCUCACCUCUGCUGCCUUUUGGGUUAAUAAGAGAAAUUAACACGAGUUUAACACUUUUUAGGUAGACACAGCACCACCCAAUGGAUUGAGACAUGUCAUGAUCUUUUUUAUUAUAUGCUACAGUAAACAGUAAUCGUACAAAAUGUUAAUGUGCUUCUGCCCCAACCCUGAUACAAUAGCUGCAAUAAUUACAAUUAGUAGCCCCUAGAUGGACACAGCAAAAACUUUGUGAUGCAUUUGUACUGUGUUUUAAACCAAAAUCAUAAAAACAACCCAUUAUGUAGUAUGUAUUAUGUAACCGUACUUUUACAGUUUGGAACAAUGGUGACUAAUCUACACUGUUUUAAAUGUAUUUUAAGAAAAUGUCUUCUGAUGCUGUUUUUAUUUUGUUGUAUUUCAUUUCUCAGAAACAGUUCCUGCUGCAGAUCUUUUCAGUCUAAUCUGAGGUGUCACCUGACCCCUUUUAAGAAUGCACAAAAACUUCUUCCCAAGCUCAGCCUUGUAACACCAUCUCCCGUAGGUCAUGUGACACCACAGUUUGUUGAGCUGACUGAGAAACUCAUCACUUAGAAAAGACACUGUUAACAUUACUGUUGGUUUGGUUUGUUCAACAGCCCCCAAGGCCCCAUCCCUUAUUUUUAAUUAAGAAAAAGGUUAAUAUUGAUUUAAUAUCUUCUGUUCACACUGCUGUUGAUGUCAUUUAAUCUAUUUUGGGUGGGUUUUUUUAGAGGUUUGGAAAGGGUGUUUUAUACCUCUGUUUUAAGAGGCAGCGUAAAAAUAUUAUUAUUAUAAUCCACACCUAAUCACUGCCCCCCCCCCACCCCCACCCCGCCCUUGACCAUAGCUGAAUCACUCUGCUUCCGUUUGUCAAAUGGUGAACAAACACCUCUGUUGCUAUGUUACCGAUAUUGUUGUCCGGUGAGUCAAACACAAUGCAAGUCUGAAAAUGUGUACUUUUCAUCCGUGAUUUAAUGUAAAUGUAUUCUAACAACAGAACAAAGUAAUUAAACCAGUACGUUGUCUGCCAUCUAGUGGACCAACGCAGAAAUGGUUUUACACCAGAUAAUACAUUCGUCGUUACUCAACUCCUCUUCAGUUUGUAGAUUGAAUUCUAUGUGACAUUUUUACACAAGUGUGACAUCAGUGUUCACAGAAGAAGAAUGUAUGGAUGUGAUGGAAUAUGUGGUGUUGAAAGGACAAAUAAAAAGAGGAGAGGCAUGAAAUA